GAAAAAGAAAAAAGAGAGAAUCUUUAUUUAUAGUAAAGAAACCAGAAACAUCGCAUGUUUUGAAGCUUCCUGCAUUCUUCUUAAAACCCCACACAAUUUUUAGCAAAUCUCUGUUAGCAUCUCUUCUUUCUUCUUCUUCUUCUUCUUUGCUUUGAUGUCACAACAUGGAAAACCCAAGAUUAAUCUUGUGUUCUCAUGUUCUACAUGCAAUAUCAUUGUUUUCAUUUGCAUUUUUAUGUCAAUGCGAUCCAGUGUUGUAGCACAUUCAGAAAGCUUUGCACUUGACUCACUUUUACAGCUCCCACAAUCUGGGUCACCAACAAUCUUACCCAUAGCUAAAAAGGUUCUAUCUCUCUUUGAUUUUGGUGCUAAAGGAGAUGGUAACCAUAAUGACUCCAAGGCUUUAGAGAAGGCAUGGAAUGUAGCAUGUUCUUUCCGAGGCCGAAUAAGGAUUGUAUUACCAGCUGGACAUGCUUAUCUGAUUAAUCCUGUUCAGCUUGGGGGGCCUUGCAAAUCAAAGAUCACUUUGAUGAUUUUGGGUAUCAUUGUUGCUCCGGAAAACCCCCAUGUAUGGGAUGGUUUGAAUCCUCGCAAGUGGCUCUACUUUCAUGAGGUAAAACACCUCCAUGUCGCCGGGGGAGGCACUAUCGAUGGCAUGGGACAGCAGUGGUGGGCUAGGUCAUGCAAAAGAAAGAAAACGAAUCCAUGUCGCCAUGCUCCAACAGCUUUGACAUUCCACAAGUGCAAGGAUCUGAAAGUCCAUGAUAUUACGAUGGUCGACAGUCAACAGAUGCACGUUGCGUUUACGAAUUGUCUAAGGGUUACAGUAUCCAAUCUUAAGGUGAUAGCACCUGCUACUAGCCCGAAUACCGAUGGGCUUCACAUCAGUUCAUCCCGUAGUGUUGAAGUCAAGAAUAGCAUUGUAAGAACAGGCGAUGAUUGUGUUUCGAUAGUCGGCAAUACUUCUCAUGUCCAAAUCAGAAACUUUGUUUGUGGACCUGGCCAUUGUAUAAGCAUCGGAAGCUUGGGAAAGUCGAACUCUUUGACACAGGUUCGUAAUAUACUUGUCGACAGAGCCUUGAUUUCCAACACCAAGAAUGGGGUGCGGAUCAAAACAUGGCGGGGAGGUAACGGUUAUGCUUCAAAUAUGAAGUUCAUGAACAUAUUGAUGGAGAACGUAGCAUAUCCGAUCGUUAUUGACCAAUAUUAUUGUGAUUCCGACCUGCCAUGUGCUAACCAGACAUUGGCUGUUAAAGUGGAAAACAUCUCCUAUGUACACAUUAAGGGAACUUCUGCUACAGAGGAAGCAAUAAGAUUUGUCUGCAGUGAUAGCCUGCCAUGUGAAGGAUUAUAUUUGGAAGAUGUUCAACUCGAUUCAGACAACUGGGGUGUCACUUAGUCUUUCUGUUGGGAAGCUUAUGGAUCGAGUUUGGGUCUAGUGCAGCCCUCUCCGUGCCUAACAUGCACUGGUGGCUUCAUUAAGCAGAAAGUUCUUUCUGGCCUGGCUGUUGAUUCCUUUUGAGAUGAUCGUAAUACUUCCUUUCGAUCAUGUCGGAGUCAGCCAUGACAGAAGCAGUAGGACAUUGCUGUAGGGCUCCACAACAGACCUAACAGAAAAACAAGCUUACUCGAAAUUUCUGCUGCCAAAUUGUAGGAGAAUUAUACGUGUACGUCGUAAUGCUCUUUCCCCCUUCCGAGUAAUAUAUGUAAAUAGCAGCUUAGGGAGAAAGAUGACAACUAUGCUGCAAAACUAGGGCUGUUAUGUGUGUAUAUAAGU